AUGUCGAAAAACUCACACUUGCCUUCGUUAACCACCAGAGUAACGCAAAUCUCCUGCGCCAUCGUGUGGUGCCUAGUAGCCGCGGGCCCCGUGUUUGGAUUUGCGGCAUUGAAACCAAUCCUCAUCGCGCAAGACGUUUACGCAUCUCGAUGCGACGUCAAGGUUGAAUCCGCCGAUGCCCAAUGCGUUGAGCAGGACUUGUCGUUGAAUUUCUUGUUCACUGUUGCCUGUAUGGUGACGAAUAUCUGCGCAUUGCCCGUGGGGUCCGUCUUGGACACAUAUGGCCCGAAAAUCACCGGUAUAAUCGGCUCGUUUCUCCUUACUUUGGGAUCGUUGAGUUUGAAAUACGCGGCAAGUUUGGAAAUUUUCGAUGGGUAUUUGACGGGUUACACUUUGUUGGCAUUGGGCGGUCCCUUUGUUUUCAUUAGCUGUUUCCAAUUGGCCAACAGUUUCCCCAAGAACUCCGGCUUGAUAUUGGCAUUGCUAACAGGCGCUUUCGACUCGUCGUCGGCGUUGUUUUUGUUUUACCGUCUUUUCUACUUUAGAGUUGAGAAAUUGAGCAUCGCCAGUUUCUUUACUGGGUAUUUGAUUGUCCCCAUUUUUAUCUUGCUUUGCCAGGUGUUUAUUAUGCCUGGCAGCUCCUACAAGACGGUGGGCACUUUGGCCAAAAUCGCCGAGACGGGCAUUGAUGAAAGCGGAAGACCCUUGGAUUCUUCGCUUUUGCUUCCUGCUGAUCGCGAGGCUGCUGCAAGCGCAAGCGCAGGUGCAGGUGCAGGUGCAGGUGCAGGUGCAAGUUCAGGCGAAGCUUACUACCAGCCAACAAUCUCGGAAACUACUUCGCUAUUGAUGAGAAGAGCGCCCAACGCGUCAAGAAGGGCAUCGACCGUGUCUAGAGCCUCGUACAACUCCGUGAAAUCUUCAUACGAACAGCAAGCUGAUAACAAGUUGGUUGCGUCCACCGGAGGGGUAUUUGGUGUCUUGCAUGGCUACUCAAUCACUCACCAGUUGAAGUCCCCUUGGUUUGUGUUGAUGACUUUAUUUACAACUAUCCAAAUGUUGCGCAUCAAUUUCUUUGUCGCCACCAUCAAGGCUCAAGAGUACUAUCUAUACGACAGCGAGGAAGUUGCAACUACAAUCAACCAUUUUUUCGACUUGGCCUUGCCGUUAGGUGGGAUUUUCUCAAUCCCAUUCAUCGGCUUGAUUUUGGACAAUUUGACAACGCUUGCCGUCUUGUACAUUUUGACCGGGUUGUCGUUGUUUAUCGGGGUCAUGGGUUUAUUAUCCUGGUUGCCUGGAACAUAUGCGGGAAUAUUGGUGCUCGUCGUUUACAGACCUUUCUACUACACGGCUGUCUCAGACUUUUGUGCCAAAGUUUUUGGCUAUGAUAACUUUGGCACUGUGUACGGAACCAUUAUCGCCUUUAGCGGGAUCUGCAAUAUUUUGCAGCAGGUCAUGGACCAGGCCACACACGAGUAUUUCAAUAUGAAUCCGACCCCAGUCAACACUUUCUUGGUGGUGCUAACGGCUGUGUUUGGCGCUGCUUUGAUCUUGUUUGUCAAGUCUCAGGAAAAGAACAUCAAGAGAAGAAACCUACAGAUGGAAGCUGAAGAUGCAACGUUGUCAUCUAUGCCAAACUAG